CGCAAACAAAGCUUGUUUCGUCGGACAGAUAACAGAACAAACAGGAGUCAACCUACAGGAGAAAAAUAGGGACAUCAAUCAGUUGACUUGGGUGUCUUGCUUCUCUUUCUCUGCGGGACCAGGAGACGAAGAAACCCUUUUAACCCGAUCGCAGGGUGUGUGAAUUGUGAAAACCUCUUGGUACUUUCAAAGGCGAAGGAGAAGGAAAUGGAGGUGCACCAAUCAUGGCGGAUGAGAUUGUCUUUCAAGAACGCUACUAUAAUAAUUACAGUAUUGAAUGUGAUCGCUGUCCUUUUCUUGCUCCAAGGCUUUCUCUCUUCUUCCUCAUCCCGCAACAACAGGCUCUCAUCUAAUCAAUUCAAUUCAGCUCAGCUAAGCUACAUCAAGGAGUCUGAGGAGAUACGCCUUGCCAUGCAACCUUGGGCAUUGAUAAAAAGAGUGAAGGAAAUUGAACAAGAAGCGUAUACAGAACCUGAAACGGUGCAACAGAAAGAUACGAAGCAAACUGCUGCUGUUGAUCUUUCCAAAAGAUUAAAAGAUUUCCGUUCUAUUAAUGAUGCUGCCAGCUUGAAAGCCCUGGAGGAAUGGCGGAAAAGAAAGAUGGAACGAGCCAGACUACGACAGCUGGAGAAGAAUGGAACAGGCACCUCUUCAUAAAUGGAUGUUCUGAUGAGAUAGAUUAUGUGCAACUUAAACCAGAUUCUAUAUUGAAAGUUAUGACAAAAUGUAUACAUGUACAUACUGUAACCCUGAUUUCAUAUGAAAUCUACCGGUUUAUAUCCAAGAUAAAGAAAACUGAAUAAUUAAAAGCUGUUAUUUUGAAUUGGACAACUAAUUAAUUCUCAACUUCCAAUUUCCUUUUAAUUGGAAGUCUUCUUCA